UCCCGUGGUAGCACAACAGCUUUAGAUAUGAAGCUGCUUAUUAUUUUAUCAGUGAUAGCGUGCAGCUAUGCUGACAAAUUGGACAGGACGUACUUGCCUCCUGCAAGUGCGGGCUCUGCUGGUGGAAGCCCAGGGUCCCUGACGGCCCCUGGAAGCGAACCUGCCUUUGGCCUACCUAAAGGCCCUUCGUCGUUUGGCCAGCCUGCUUCUCAAUACAACGCUCCUGGAAGCCCUACGGCCGGACAAGGCCCUAGUGGUUUUGGACAGCCUUCAGCUUCUGGACAGUCCGGAUUUGGACAACUUACCUCACAAUACGGUGCUCCUACUGGCGCCGGCCCAGCCGGACAGGGCUCUGCGGGCAGACAGCCUGCUUCCCAAUACGGUGCUCCUUCAGGUGCUGGCCCAGCAGGACAGGGCUCUGCAGGAAUCAGACAGCCUACUUCCCAAUACGGUGCCCCUGCUGGUGGUGCAAGCCCCGCGCCCGGACAAGGCCCCGCUGGAUAUGGCCAGCCUUCCCAAUACAACGCUCCUGGUGAUGCCAGCUCUGCUCCAAGCCAGAGUUCUGCUACCUUUGGCCAGGCACCUUUCGGAAGCCAAGGAUCUCAAGACGCGGCUGCCUACGCCAGCCAGCCUCAGCCAGAACGCGAACGCGCCUCCAUCGACAAGAACGCUGAAAUCCUCAGAUACGAAAACCAGAAUGACGGUGAAACUUUCUCGUACAGUUUCGAGACUUCGAACGGCAUUUCUGCUGAAGAAUCUGGUGUAGCUACCGACGGUGUUCAGGCUCAAGGUGCCUUCUCUUACACUGGUGAUGAUGGUCAGCAGUACAGCGUGACUUACACUGCUGACGAGAACGGCUACCAACCCCAGGGUGAUCACCUUCCUACUCCUCCCCCGAUCCCUGAGGAGAUCUUGAAGUCUCUGGAAGAGAACGCGAGGGCCGCGGCUGCAGGCACACAAGAAGGCGCCUACAACCCAGAAGAAGACAACAGCCCAGUAUCCCAGCAGUACUACGGUGGAGCUUCUCCAUCCUACCAGGGUCAAGGCCAGCCCGGCCAGGGUCCUGCCUCUCAAUACGGAGCCCCCGCUCAAUCCGGACCUGCUACCAGUGGAUCAGGAUUCCCAGCUCAACGUGGUCAGUCACCAGCUUCCCAGUACGGCGCCCCUGGUCAAAAUGAACCUGCUUCAGCUUCAUCAGGACCCCAAGGUUAUGCUACCCAGCCUGGUCAAGGACCCACCUCUCAGUAUGGCGCUCCUUCUCAAGCUGGAGCUGUGGACACAAAUGGAAUUGCUGGUUCCCCUGCUCAGCGUGGUCAGUCUUCCACUCCUCAGUUUGGUGCCCCUGCUUCGUCUGGAUCUCAGGGUCCUUCGUCUCAGUUUGGUGCCCCAUCUGCAUCGGGCCCGUCUAAAACUGGAGCCCAGGGUGGAAGGGACUCAGGUUAUCAGUACAAUGCACCUGGAAGCGCUCCUUCUGGAUCUGCCCAAUCAGGACCUGCCUCUCAAUAUGGCGCUCCUUCUCAAUCUGCUUCAUCUGGUUCCAACAGGCCUUCUGGAUCAAGGUUCCCGGCACAGGGUGAUCAGUCUCCUGCCUCUCAGUACAAUGCUCCUGUCUUUUCUGCAUCUCAAGGUCCAUCCUCGCAGUUUGGUGCCCCAGCAUCCUCAUCUUCUGGCCCAGCUAGGCCUUCUGGAGCCCAAGGUGGUCGUGAUUCGGGCUACCAAUACAAUGCUCCUGGUGCGUCCCCAUCUGGAUCUCAAGGUUUCCAAGGCAAUCAGGCUCCCGGUAACCGGUAUGUUGCUCCUACACCCUCUGGAUCUCCCAGGCCCUCAGGUGCUCAAGGUUUCGGCCCUCAAGGCAGCCAAUCUCCAGCUUCUCAAUAUGGUGCUCCCUCUGCCACUUCUGACCCCGCUAGGCCAAGUGGACCUCAAGGUUUCCCCACUCAGGGCAGUCAAACUCCCGCUACCCAAUAUGGUGCUCCUAGUGCCUCUCCUUCUGGUUCAAACAGACCUACUGGAGCUCAAGGGUUCCCAUCUCAGCCUUCAGGAAUAAACCAAGCUUCUCCAUUCGCUCCCGCUGGACCUUCUGGUAACAAUGGCCCUGCUCGUUUCGGAUCCCAAGGUCAGCCAGGACAAGGUCAGGAUGUCGGAUACCAAUACAACAGACCUCAGACCCAAUUUGGUGGACCUCAAGGAUCAGGAGCUAGGCCCAACGCCCAAGGUUUUGCCCCAUCAGGUCAAUCAGGAUUUGGUAAUGGACCUGCUCAAGGAUCAAGGCCUUCAUCUGGUCCCGCUUCCCGACCCAGUGCAGGAUUCCCCUCCGGUUCUCCUUCUGGCAACGGACCAUCUGGUGCAGCUCCCGGUCCCAUCGGCCAGGGCUCACCUUUUUCCAAGCCUAGCUCAGUAGGACAGUAUACACCCUCAGGCCCAAGUGGCUCACCUAGCCCCGCUGGCUCAGGAUUCCCCAGGCCAAGCGGCCCUGCUGGAUCAGCUGCCGGACCCGCUCAGGGACCUUUCGGAACUCAACGUCAGCCUUCGAUGCCUGGCUCUGGCUACGACUACAGCCGCCCUGGAUCUCAGGGCUCUCAGGCUGGACCUGCUCAGGGAGCUCAACCUGGUUUCGGUCCUUCAGGCCAGAACAGACCCGGACAAACUGGUGCUCAGGCUGGUUCUGGACCUUCUGGCCAAAACAGGCCUGGCCAGACCGGCUCUCCAUCUGGCUUCGGACCUGCUGGACAGAACAGGCCCAGCGAAAACUUCGGUGGACCUCGCCAGCCCCCAAGCUUCAGCCCCGAGGAAGGAUACAAAUACUAAACCAAGGAUAGAUUAAUUAAUUUAUAAUUAAGAGACAAGCAAAUAGACAAAAUGUAAAAAAAAAACUACGUAGUACGCUUAUAAAAAUAUUUUGUACAUAUUUAUACGAAAUGUAUAUAAUGUGGAGUCACUAUGUGAUUGAAAUGUUAAUGUAAAUUAAAUAAAUGAUGCAAAGCUAACACUAGCU